AUGGUUGUCGGAGCCUUCCCUAUCAAGGAUAAGGUUGCUGUAGUCACUGGAGGCGGCUCUGGAAUCGGUCUUGCAUUCGUCGAUCAGGCUCAGAAAUCAGGUGCAAAGGCACUCAUAGCGGAUCUACAGCUUACGCCAGAAGCCGACAAGCUCGUCAAAUCUUCCAGUGGCAACGUGGCUUUCAUGAAAUGCGAUGUUACUGACUGGUCCAACCUCGAAUCGAUCCCUUCCGAAGUCAGCAAAGCGUUCGGCUCAGAUGCAGUAGCAGAUGUCUGGAUAGCUGGCGCCGGCGUAUUCGAGCCCAAGUGGUCUUCCUGGCUCUACGACACCGAGAAGGACCAUUAUAAGGCUAUGUCCGUCAACGCCGAGCAUCCUAUGAAGCUCACCCGAAUCGCAAUGCGAAGCUGUCUGGGUUCGAAGAAGCCAGGUGUAUGUCUCAUCAUCUCCAGUGGCGCGGGCAUCACAGGACAGUACGGCUGCGCCUUAUACUGCGCCAGCAAACACGCAGUCGUCGGCUUCACGAAGUCUAUGGCCCAAGCAGACUAUGACGAGAAUUUCAAAAUCGUAUGUAUCUUGCCCGGUAUGGUGUCCACACCUCUCUGGACUGGGGAAGCGGCGAAGGCAGUAAAUAAGCAGUACUCCUUCACAGAGGACGUGUGCAUUACUCCGGCGGACGUUGCGGAAGCUAUGAUGGAAAUGAUAACCGAGGCAAAGUAUGGCGGCGGCAGCUUGAUGGAGACGUCAAAGGCGAAGCCUAGGAAUAUGUUGGAGAGUCGGGAGGCGUAUAAGCUGGACGAGCAUUCACCACCAGAGAUGAAGUCCUGGGCGGAUGAGUGUUAUCGACCUGUGAGGGAGGUUUUCAGCAAGGAGCGGGAGGUGGGCGGGAAGACGAGUGGUGUACACUGA